AUGAUGAUGAUGAAAGUAGAAGAGCUGGUGACUGGGAAGAAAACUGAUGAUAAAGAUACCGGCAGCUUCCUCCCAGAGGACUUCAAAACUGGAGAAUAUGAAGCUGCUGUAAAAUUAGAGAAGCAAGAUGACCUAAAGACAGCCUCUGACCACCUACUAACCCAAGUAGAUAUGGCUCCCGGGAAGCAGAAGCAUGAGGCAGAGUUGAAGAUGAAAAAACUACAGGAGAAAUCAAAACUCGAAAGCUUGGAGGACCUUGAAAAAAUUAUUCAGCUGAAGAAGAAGAAGAAAUGCAGGAAAGUGAAAGCUCCCCUUUUAAAGGAACCCGAACCAGAAGUUAUUACAGGGCCAGUGGACAUAGCCAUGUUCUUCAGAGCUGCACUGGAGAAUAAGUUGCCAGUCAUUGAAAAAUAUUUGUCAGACAAAGGAGAUCCCAAUGUCUGUGAUGAGUACAAGCGUACUGCAUUGCACAGGGCAUGCUCUGAAGGACAUCUAGAGGUGGUCAAGAAGUUGGUGGAAGCUGGAGCCCUGCUUGAACUGAAAGAUAUGCUUGAAUCUACUGCCUUGCACUGGGCAUGCCGGGGAGGAAGCCUGGAUAUUGUGAAAUUCUUACUGGACAAAGGAAUAAACAGAAAUGCAAGAGACAAGCUACGCAGCACCCCACUGCACGUAGCUGUGAGAACAGGGCAGUACGACUGUGCCGAGCACCUCAUUGCUUGUGAAGCAGACCUCAACGCCAGAGACAGAGAAGGUGACACACCAAUGCAUGACGCUGUCAGGCUGAACCGCUACAAAAUGGUCCGGCUUUUGAUCCUCUACGGGGCAGAUCUUACCAUUAAGAAUGGCGAUGGAAAAACCCCUAUGGACCUCGUUCUUCAGUGGCAGAAUGGCACCAAAGAGCUGUUCAACAAUCUGAAGAACAACUCCUAUAAGAGCACCCAACUAAAUAAGUUUUGA